CCCAAACAAGUAGCAUUUCGACCUAUCAUGGAAAUCAGAUGGACCUCUGUGGCUCUGGACCCCCCGUUCCGCCUCCUGAAGCUCCAGCAAAGCCCCCCCCUUUGGAUCCACCAACCCGGCCGUCCUAAACGACCCGAGAACCCAGUCCUGGACUUCUCGCCAGUCUCCUCAUUCCCAAGCUUUCCCCAGUUUCGAUUUUCCACUUCUCAGGGACCUGACCUGGAUCCCAAAGGGCCUCAACUGGACCCUACCUGGCCGAAAAAGGGUAAAGACGCAGCUCCCGCCCGGCCAAACUCCACACCCCGCACUUUGCCAACAACUGCGCCAACCAGUCACCAAAGAAUCGACGAAUCCGGCUGUCGGCUGCUAUUCUGUCCGGCCCUAGACGUGCCACCGCCAAAAUCGUCCAGGCCAUCCGGCUUUAUGUGCAGGCUUGGGCUUCGACUACUCGACGACGUCAACAUCGAAGAGGGCAUGACAACACAGCUCAGCCAGAUGACGCGACGGCAACAACGAGGGCCCCCAUCCAUCUGAAGAAUCAACUGCCAAAAUGAGUGAAGCCGCGCCUGUUCAUCGCUGCCCCGUCUGCUAUAAGACGUACAAGCGUCGGGAGCAUCUGCAAAGACAUCGCGCUUCACACACCUCGGAACGCCCACAUCGUUGCAUUCUGUGCAGUGCCUCUUUCCAACGGACAGACGUCUUGAAGCGUCAUAUUCAGACAUGCGACGGGCUGCCUCAUGGCUCGUCUGGCCGCCGAAGGGCCUGCGACAGAUGCGUUCGCCAGAAAAAAGCUUGCAACUCGGCCCAGCCCUGCCAAAAUUGCUCAAAACGCGCAGUCCAAUGCUUGUACUCGAGCGUUGGUAGUUCAUCGACAAGCCAGGACGGAGAAGCGGGUAGCACCAGUGCUGCCAACUCGGUUGAGAGCUUUUCCAACACGCCCAGCACUCAGCAGCAACAGCAACAGCAACAACAGCAACAGCAACAACAGCAACAACAGCAACAGCAACAACAGCAACAGCAACAACAGCAACAGCAACAACAGCAGCAACAACAGCAGCCACAGCAACAGCAACAACAGCAGCAGCAGACUCAGCAAUAUCAGCAUCAACAGUUCCUUCAUCAACAGCCUCAGCAGCUUCACCAGCAACAGCAGCAGCAGCAACAAGAACAACAACAACAACAACAACGACAGCAACAACGACAACAACAACAACAACAGCAACACCAACAGCAACACCAACAGCAACACCAACAGCAACACCAACAGCAACACCAACAGCAACACCAACAGCAACACCAACAGCAGCAGCAUCAGCCGAUUUAUCUCCAGCAACAGCACCAGUAUCAGCACCAACAAUAUCAUCAUCAUCAACAACAGCAGCAGCAGCAGCAGCAUCCGCAGCGACCGCCACACCACCAAUUCCAGCCGCAACAACACCAACAACAGACCUACCAGCAGCAUCCACACCAGCAGCAACACAAUCAACAGCAGCGCCAUCAUCACAACGUCCUCCACGCUCAAGUUACCCAACCACUCACCCAGAUCCCUCAAAUAGCUCCGGUACCGGUUCCCCAGAUACCCCGUAAUCACCAAGUUCCGGUUCCCCAGAUUCUUCAACAGUCCCAUCAGUCCCACCAGCCUCAUUCAGCUCAUCAGCCUCAUCAUGUACCCUUCCACCACCCCGGUGUGGCCCACUUUGACGACCUCGACAACCUCCUUCAGGACGCUGCUGGCCAGUUCCCGAUGCUUGGACACCAGGACACCCAUAUCCCCGACUGGAUUGAGAUGGAGCUACCCAUGGGCACUCAUGCAAUGGAUACUCCGGAAGGUAACACCACGUCCAGGUCGACUCCCUCUUCAGAAACUCAUCGUGGCUACUCUUUUGACUUCCUGUAUGAUUUCACUAGUAGGACUGGUCUCGUUGACUCGUUUGAAUGCGGCACUCAUGCGCAAAGGAGGGCGGUCGUAGAUGCCUUCUAUGCAUCAUAUGCCGAGCAGCAAAAACACCAUCAACAGCUACAACAGAUACAGCAGCAGCAGCAGCAGCAGCAACAACACCUCAAAGCACAGCAACAGAUUCAGGGCCAGCUUGAAUUCCACCCAAUGUUUCCGCAACUACAACAUCAUAUGGGUCAGCCCCCACUUUCGCCCGCUUCGUCGUCAGCUGUCUCAAUUUCGGCUACGUCGAAUGAUUAUAGCUAUAUGCCAUGGACUCCUUGGUCCUCUUGGCUCAGUAAUCCAAUUAUUAUCAAGCUGCAAGAGAUUGUGGUUUCGAUCAUGAAUGUAGUCAGACAUAAACCGUCUAACAGUACUUUGGGUACUCUGACUUGGACACCCGAUAAAGAGCAGGAGUGUCUUCAAUUCUUUUCGCCGCAGAGGUUUGCCAAGUUCCUUGAACUGUUCUGGUCAUGCUGGCAUCCAAAUGUCAACUUUAUGCAUCGCCCUUCCUUCGACCCCACCAGCGCAAAGCCGACUCUGCUGGCGGCUAUGGCUUUGACAGGUGCCUCGGUCUCUCCGGAUGAGCAAGACACCAAGGACGCAAAAGUGUGGUUUAACUGUGUUGAGGAGAUGGUCUUCACGGAUGACGACUUUUGUAGCGACACUGAGCCUGGUUCACCGGCCGACGAUGAUGCCAAUCCUGCUUCAGCUCUACAUUGCAAACGAAAACUCCAAGCCCUGCAAGCUUCGUACAUCGUCUGCCUUUAUCAGAAUUGGGAAGGUUCAGACGCUAGCAAGAGGAGGAUUCGUCGCCAUCGCUUCAACACUGUGGUAUCUGUGGCGAGAGACAUCGGCAUUCCUAUGGCGAAGCAUCUCGAAUAUGGCCGGCUGCUCAGACAUGAGUUUGACUGGCACGAGUAUGUGGUGAGGGAAGAACUUAUACGCACCUUCCUGUGGGUAUUCCUUCUCGAUACAGCCUUUGUGAUCUUCAACAAUCUCCCUCACCGCAUGGUUAUUAAGGAGAUGAGAAUGCACAUGGCUAGUCCAGAAGCGGUCUUCCAAGCUCCGACAGCAGAGAAGUGCCUCGAGGAGAUUUACCAGUGGAUGCCUUCGUCGAGUCCUAUUUGCAACACUCUGCUCCGCGACGUGCUCGAAAACGUCAUCGGCACCACCCUUGACGCAGACACGUUGCAGCGGUUGGCUCGACUUGGGCCCCUCAAUUUGUUUGUCGUUGUUUCCGUGUUCCAUUAUAUGAUAUUCCAGCACCAGAAUUUGUUCGGGGUAGAAGGUCAACUUGUGCCGAUCCGUAAUGGCCUGGAUAAUUGGAUAACGAUCUGGGAGUUGUGGUGCGACCACUGGUCGUCUACGCCGCCCCACUGCAUGGCAGCCAGCGACAACCUCACACCCGCAAACAUGUGGAAAAGGAUCGGUUUCAUCCGGUGUUCGGCCGAGUACUGGCUUCUUGGCAGUCUCCUCACGGAUCGUAUCGCGCGAAAGACAUCAGGCGGCGUUAGAGAAAACCAGGGCAAGGGGUCGUCUCCGGACUCUUACCCCGACGAGUUGACAGGAAGCGGCAAAGGCAAAUCGAACGACCCGAUUCUCAUCAAGUACGACCAAACCAGCAUGCGACAGGUCAACGAGCUGAUCAGCGACUUUAAGAAAAUCCAGCUUGAGGAAAUUGAAUGACAAAACGAGUAAUGGGUUAGGUAUUCCAAGGGUAAGGAAAGGUAACGAAAGAGGGACGAUGAUGUUGGAUAUUGGGACGGCGCAGCACUUUUGGGUUUGACAGUCGGACACAGUAAAGGGAUACAGCGCUAUCACUCUUUUAAGGAAUCAUCACUCAGUUUCUGAG